GUUUUACAUACGGAGAUUUGGUAAUAUUUAGUUUCGUUUUUGAAUCCAAGCUUAACUUGGCCUGAAGUAUACAAAAAGCGUUUCAGCAAAAGAAAAAAAAUGGCAAAGACAAUAAGGACAUUUUGUGAUGUUUUAAAUGCGAAAAGUAAAGAUGUUGACAGUAAAUUGUCAGAAUACGGCUCAUAUGUGGACGACUGGUACGAUGGUUUAACAGGAAGGAAGAAAUACAUACUGGAAGUGACCCUGAGGUUUCCACUGGUUGUGAUUAUGUAUCUCUGGAUGACUUGCCUUGCUCCUUACUACAACAACUGGCUUCUAGAUGCACCUUUCCUCGUCGUUAGAUAUACAGGACUCUUGUUUAUCUUGGUGAGGUUUAUAUCCAGUUUCGAGAGCAUCUUACCGUUCUACGUGGCAACGUUUUUAGUUUCUGUAUCUUCCGUUGUUUCCCAAUACGUAUACUGGAUUUCCCGAAGUGCAGCUGAGGAAGUGUGUUUUCAAGAUGCACUUGUACCUUGCUGGAGCGCCGGAGAUCCGCUAUGGACCACUACCUUUUUUGCAAUCGUUCUGCGGAUAUUGUGUAUGUUCCAUUUAUUGUACUAUUCCGUUGAUGCAGUCUUAAUGGUUGUUUCUUUGGUUUCGAGUCUAAUAACCCUGCUCAUCUGUUCGACAUCCUGGUAUAUUGUAGCUGAAGUAGACUACCUGGCUAACGGUUUCUUCUUGAUCCUCUCACUUUUAAUGAUAUAUGUGCGGUGCGAAGAAAAUGACGAAUCGAGUGUUAACAAAAAACUAACAAAAUUACGUGGUCAGUUAGCAAGAGAAGAAGACAGUGGAAGAAGAACACAUGUUGAUGAUCUUUUGAAAUAUUAUGAGAUGAAAAAGCAAAGAAUUGAUGCCGAUGACUGGAAAGUUAAAAUGACAAAGGAAGUUAUCGAUCUAAUAACCGCAAUAUUUGCUAUUUUUAGCAUGAUGACCAUCCUCUUGAACCUAUCUACACGGCUUUGGACUUUGCUUCAUUAUUCUAACAAUAUUUAUUUAGAGUUGAAUCACUUGAUUGAUUCCAUUUUCCCUUCUGUGUCAGAGAGUUGCAACAAUUGUAUAACGUUUGUUGGAUUGACCUUUGUGUUUGGAAAAAUGUCCCAUAUAUUAAUAUAUGCCAUCAACAAAUUCCUAAACGUGGCUCAACCUAACUUUGAUAACUUGAAGUAUCAAGUAGAAAUUUUCUUCGUUAGCGCUUGCGUCGAGGGAGGUAUCAUCUAUGCUGAUAUAAAAACAAGGGAAAGAAAUUUAGAGGGUGUUUUGUUGAUGACGAUGUUUCAAAUUUUCUUGCAUACGCUUGGCACAGUAGAAAAUGAAAUUCUUGCCCUCGCAAACGAGGGAGGAAGAACACCACCCAUGCGCCUGAUGAAACUUGGAUUGGUCUUAGCAGCCAUAACAGUCGUUCCGACAUAUUUUGUCAUCACACAUGCUUCACCGGCUUUACAUGUCAAUGUUUGGAAUCUGAUCAAUCUCGCCGGAAAUCUGACCUUAUUAGUAAGGGUAUUUUACAUCCUUGUAGAAUGUUUCUUGCUUUGGAUUUCAUGGCAUUUAACUCAGUUAAACGACAAUAUCCAACGCGCUUUAAAUUGCGUCCGGGUGAUAAAAGGGUUUUCAAUUUUGACGACGACUCUAUUGAUGGCAUACUAUCGCUUGAUGGCCCCUUUUUGGGUGGCAUUUUUCUGGUUGCGCGUAGUUUCAAAUAUCAUUUUGGUAGCAUUGGUUAUCGUUCGCGUCAUUAACAUUGAAUGGGCAAAGUAUAAGAUCAGAAACGAGCUCCUGGACUUUAUAAUUGGACUUCCAAACGCCUCUACAAAUGAAGAAAACAUAGAAUGUUCUGUAUGUUACAAUGACAUGGAUGCUGGGAAGAAACUUCCUUGUGGGCACAUGUUUCAUCAUGAUUGCCUCAAGAGAUGGUUUCAGGAGCGAAUUUUGUGUCCAUACUGUAACACUGUCGUGCACAUUCCCCGACGAAUCGUAACGCCCGAGGGUCAUGUAAUCGUCAACCAGAAUCAGGCAGGUAUAGAUCAGCAGAGGCAACAACAGCUUCUACAAAAUCAAGAACAGCAAGUGCAACAGAGGGAAAAUCAACUUCUACCAGAACAUCUCAACGAACAUACUCAAUAAGAAUUACUUUUCCUAUAAAACGAAAACCCUUCCAGUGACUACAUAAUGAUAAUGUUAAGAACUGAUGCAAGUUGAAAAGUAUCGUACAUGUCAUUAAAACUGACAAAUGUCCAUAAAUGGUAUUUGUGUCCUGUUUGACAUGUUGCUUAUACUCUAAACGUAUAUCGUAUGCCCGUUAUAUAAUGAAUGUCAUGUUACUAUUAUUGGUUAGUGGUAAUUUGCUUGUUUGUUUUCUAUGUUACAUAUUCAACUGACAAACUGUAAUUAAAGAAAUAAUUUGAUUAUUAUGUCUAAAUUAAUGUUUUGAUAUAUAAUAAAAAAUAGGUUAAAUAAUUUUAACGAUGAAAUGUUGGAUUGGAUCCGUUGUAUGUUUGAAGUGUCCCUGUAAGGUACAUAGUUCUUAUUUUAGCUCUUAUAAUUAAAUACUAAUCGGCCCGUUAUUACUUAUAUGAUGGGUGUUUUUGCAAUUUGAUCGUGUGUGCAACGUUGAUUUAUUACUGAUUAUAUGUUUCAUUACCUAUUAAAUGCGCAUGCGUCUGUACAAAUGUACAAAUCUGUUCAUGGUUUCUUGUUAUCACACCAGACUUGUAUUUGCAAAACAUGUAGUUACAGUUUAUAUACACACAAAUAAAGGUACACUUAGGUUCUCAUCAAUAUAACUAGCAGUCUAUCCAUAUAAGUGAUGGUCUGUUUUGGGUGUUAAGUUCUCCUUCCUGUGACCUUGCGAUUAAAUUACAGUUUAAAUCCAAUGCAUGUGAUGGGUUUAGAGUAUUUAAGAAUAUUUUUGAUCUAACACAAUUUCUUAUGAUUAUCUAUCAGGCGUUCAGAAGUCGGUUGUAUCCGCUAACCAGACGGAUCUG